CACCAGCCGCAUUCUGCAGUCAACACACCGAGCCAAGCAGGACAGGUCUGUGGCGGCAGGCAUAGCCGCAUCCGUAUGGAGGCGCACUCCAGGGUUUCUACGUGUCCACAUCCUUCCCCAGUUACCUGAACACGAAAUACCGACGACGGCUGACCCACUCAACUGUGUAUUCCUUAGCCAGUCGACCAUGGCUUCUCUAGGCUUGUCCGAGGGUUCCUGGGCUCAGGCAUGGCUAGUAGAGCAGGGAGGCCGUGGCAGCCCUUCAUCGGAGCCACAGCUCAAACGCGUGGUGGCAAUCUGGAAUGUAGAGAGGCUGCACGUGAUGGAGAGUGAAUUGGCAAGUGGCAUCACGCAGCAGGACGCAGCGUUCCUGAGCCCCCACCUCUGGUUUCACCUGCACGACCGGGACAAGCCUGCGCUACUGGUCCGGCCCACGGCACGAUUGCACUUGGAAGCGUUGGAAGGUUCCAGUAAGGGCAUUCCACCAGCGUCGGCUCAAGAGUUCAACCUGGCCAUCGUGCGAAGCCCCCUUUACAGCCACACUAUCGAGUGCACUGCAUUACUCAAGGAGCACUUCUCGAGGCCACGCUACAUCUGCAAUGGGGAUAUUGUCACCAUCAACCUCCGCGGUUCACCGUGCUAUGAGGAGUACCUCCCGGAUGGCUCAUCGCAGAGGAAUCAUGUUGUGUUCUUCAAGGCCACCCAGCUGCUUGGCCCCGACAACGGGGGGCCCGGUUAUUUCUGUGACACCAACACCAGGCUUUACCAGGCGGGCACCAAGGGCUGCUAUGUGCCUGCUGCCAUGGCUGCCUACCACCGCUCCUGGGCCCCCCACCCUGUCUGGGAUGCGCCCCAGCCCCCGCAUCUGGCUCCCAUAGUCGAGCGUCUGCAGUCAAUUCUGCUGCCUUUUCUUCAAUCUGGGUCCCUGCGUGAGCGUGUGGCACCCUGCGUGCUUCUGAGUGGGUCCCGUGGUUCUGGCAAGCGCACUGCCUUGACUGCUUUGACACGUUCGCUUGGCUUGCACCACUACCAGGUCAACUGUCAGCAGCUUCUUGGUGACACGGCGGCAGCAGCAGAAACACGGAUCAGGCAUGCCUUGAUGAAAGCACAACUGUACACACCCUGCCUACUGCAACUGUCUAACGUGGAGGUGUUCAGCGUGGACAGGGAUGUUGGCUCCGGCGGUGAUCCCCGGGUGGUCCGCUGCCUCGGUGACACGCUGCGUGCGUUGAACGGCGAUUUGGACGAACCCCCUGUGGCUGUGGUGGCCACCACGGCUGCCGACCCUGACACCCUUCACCCAGACUUGGCCCCCCUGUUCCUGCACUCGAUUGAAAUCCCGUACCCGAAUGAAGAGGGCCGUGCUCAGCUCCUGGAUGCGUUGCUGUGGAGCCUUCCCAAGAACAACUGUGACAUCUCCUACUUGGCCCAGAGGACUGGCCCGUGAGGAUUCAACCUGGGGGACCUGUGUGCACUGGUAGGCCAGGCCACGGCUCGGGCUCAUGCAAGACUUACAAGGUUAGGCUGGGAAGCGGGUGUGUGCGUCGCUGGCCCCCUGCUCGUGCAGGCCGACCUGGAGUCGGCCCUGGAGUGGCUCCAGGGCAGUCAGGCACAGGCAGUGGGGGCACCCCGCAUCCCCUGUGUCCACUGGGAGGAUGUGGGUGGCCUGGCCGAGGCCAAGCGCACCCUGACCGACACUCUGCAGCUGCCCCUGCGACACCCGCAGCUCCUCGACGCCGGCCUCAAGCGGUCUGGUGAGCAUCAAAUUGUGCUUCUCUAUGGUCCACCUGGUACAGGAAAGACUCUGCUCGCCAAGGCAGUCGCCACAGAGUGUGCCCUCAGCUUUCUCAGUGUCAAAGGUCCCGAGUUGAUCAACAUGUAUGUCGGGCAGAGUGAAGAGAACGUCCGAGCUGUGUUUGCUCGUGCCCGUAGCGCGGCCCCCUGCGUCAUCUUCUUCGAUGAGCUGGACUCGCUGGCGCCUAAUCGUGGACGCAGUGGAGACUCUGGCGGUGUCAUGGACAGAGUUGUCUCUCAAUUGCUGGCGGAAAUGGAUGGGCUCAACAAGUCGGCCGACGUGUUUGUCAUUGGUGCCACCAACCGGCCUGAUCUGCUAGACCCAGCCAUCCUACGGCCUGGCAGGUUUGACCAGCUUCUGUACGUGGGUAUCCCGUCGGACAAGGACUCGCAGCUCAAGAUCCUGAAGGCCUUAACCAGAAAGUUCCGAUUUGCCGAGGGCCUAGAUCUGGCCUCAGUCGUCGAGGAGUGCCCUGCAGGUCUGACAGGUGCCGACUUCUACUCCCUCUCGUCGUCUGCCAUGGUGCUUGCCACUAGACGUCACAUCGACCAGCUCGAAAGAGGCGUCAUAGCAGCAGACAACCACCACGUUGUGGUGACCCUCGAGGACUUUCAAGCUGCUCUGAAAGACCUCGUGCCUUCAGUUUCUCCGGCCGAGCUGGCUCGCUACAAAGACAUACGAGAAAAACUGGCUUCCCCCAAGGCUGUUGCCGUUACAACGUGAAGGUGUCAAAUUAGAUGUUUUGUUUAGUAUAGUGUAAUAAAUCUUAUAAAUUUUUUUUCACAAGGUGAUGCUUCAUUUAAUACACGGUGUUAACAGUUAGGCUAUGCUCUGCACUUAUUUUACAUAAUGAGGUGCUGAAGAAAUCGUCGUUACACAAUGACAGCUUCCAUUUAUCGGUCACCUUCAUCAUCAUAUUCAGACUUUUGUCUUCAGUUAAACAGCCUUCCUAACAGCCUUCUUAACAGCGUAGUGAAAGAAAAUAAGAAUGUUGUCUUAUGUGGCGAUUUUAACAUAAAUAUCAUUGAUCCCGAUAGCGCAUCGUGCCUGGAAUAUAUGCACUGUUUAUAUGCUACUGGCUUUGCUUUGCAUAUUUCUGCACCAACUCGAAGUAAUCUUCUAGGUUCGAAUACAAUAUAGAUCACAUAAUCACGAAUACUUUAGGUGAUCACACUGCUGGUGUGAAAGAUUCUAGUAUUACAGAUCAUAAUCCUGUCGUUUUUUUUCGGUGACUCCUGUCAUGAGUCACCGAAGUCGACUGGACUUCGGUGACUCAUGAGGACUGCGCAGAAAAGGCUUUUUAGUCUUUCUCAGAAGUAACUGCCAAAAGUAUAGAGGCAUGCACCACUUCUACCGCUGUCACGAAGUGGUAUCGCUCACUCAAAAAUUCAUGUAUAAGUAACUCAUUGUUAAAGUCCAUUAAUAAAAAGAAUAACCUUCACAAAAAACUGAAGUCCCUGCUUUUCAACACUGUAAUAAAAUCCCCCUUCCUCAUCGAUAUUAUCUUUUUUAUUGAAGUGUAUUAAGUGAAAUCACUACCAGGAUAUUAUUUUAAAAUAUACGCGUAACACGAAACGUCGCUGGCAAACCAUCAAAGAAUUUUUGAACAAAAAGGAGUGCUUAGCACCCACAAUAAAAAUAAAGCAAAGGGACGAAAUGUAUGCUGACCCAGAAAAAGUGGCCACUGCGUUUAGUGAGCAUUUCUGUGCAUCUGCGGAGAAGCAGCAGUCAGAAAUUUAUGUAUAUCUUAUAUACCACAGUGUAGUCAUUCAUUUUAUCUACAUUUGACGUCCGCAGAUGAAGUCUUUCAAGUUAUUGUAUCAUUGAAGACCACGGGUGUUAGUUUAGGCAAUAUUGAUCCCUUGAACGUGAAAUUAGUCUCGGGCAUAAUAUUUCAAUCUUUGUCACUUAUUAUCAACAAGCUGUUUUCCGCGGGUGUGUUUCCGAGCUGCCUGUAAGAAGGGCGAUAAGACUUCAGUCCAGAAUCCAGAAUUAUAGGCCUAUCUGUAUCCUCCCUUUUCUUGGUAAAGGGAUUGAAAAACUAUUCUACAUAAGAUUAAUGAGUUUUUCGAAAAAAUUUAACCUUUUGUCUCCACAACAAUUUGGAUUUCGUCCGGGAUAUUCGAUUGAGCUGGCACUAAUCACCUUAACUGAAGAAAUUAAACAAGCUAUUGACAGAGGGCUACUCAUAGGAACUGUUUUUAUUGAUUUGACGAGGGAUUUCGACACAAUAAAUCAUUGCAUACUACUUGAAAAACUAGAAUCUUUUGGCAUGUCUGGCCCUCUUCUAAGCUUUAUUAAAAGCUGCCUCACUAAUCGGUCUCAAAUGGUACACGUAAACGGUAAUCUUUCAUCACCCAAGUUCAUUAACGUAGGUGUGCCACAGGGAUCAAUUUUAGGCCCACUAUUAUUUUUGAUGUUUAUUUAUGACCUGCUUACUAUUCUUACUAGAACAAACUGCAUACUCUAUGCUGACGAUACAACCACAUUUAUGUGAUCUAAAUCAAUUUCUACGCUCCAGACUGACCUCAGCACAGAUUUAGAUUACAUAACUCUAUGAUGCCGGAGAAAUCAGGUGCAGAUCAAUGCAACCAAAACCGUCUUUAUGGUGCUUCAUUCUGCGCGAAUCGCACUUGAUAUACCACCUUCUCUUCACUUCGGUAAUAACGUCAUAAACAUUUCUACUGAAGCACGGUUUCUUGGCGUCAUCCUAAAUACAGAACUGAAAUUUCAUAAACAUGCCGCUUCACUCGUUAAAAAGAUUGCACUUGGAAUCAAUGUUAUCAUCAAGACAUGUACGUGUUUUCCACCUCACGUCAUACGUUCUUUGUAUUUUGCCUACAUUCACAGUCAUAUUUCGUAUUGUUUAUCGUCUUUGGGUAACACUUAUAUCACGCACAUUGAACGACUGCAGCGACUGCACAACCAAGCGGUUACACUAAUGACUUUUAGACCAUUUUAUUCUUCCUGUAGCUCAUUGUUUCCAAAGCUUAACAUACUAUAAUUAAGACAAUUAUUUCGCCGCAGAUUGUCCAUAAUAGCCUAUAAGCUCAUCUCGCAUGAUAUUGUCAUGGCAUGCGUUGAUCAUCAUCAUUUAACUAACAGCAAUAUUACCCGGUUUUCCCAGAGCAGUAAUCUUCUUUUACCAGCCGUAAGAACGAACUACGGCGAGUUCACAACCUUGUUUUCAUGUAUAGCACUUUGGAAUUUAUUGCCCUUUGAUUUAAAAUUAUUGCAGAACAUUCAUAUUUUCACCUCGCGUAGUAAAAAACAUUUUCUUCAGGAAUUAUUGGAAUCAUCUGAUUUGUGUAUUUAACUGUUCGUAGCUUUCAACAGUUCAGGGUUAGUUUUAUAUUAGCUUUUGUCUUUCUACAGCUUAUGCAACUGAUAAAAACUAGUUGCAUUUGUCAUGUAUAGUUCUUUAAUUUUGCUUUGUUUUAGUUUUAUCCCCUGCUAUUGAUCAUUUUUGUCUAAUUUUAUCAGUAGUAUUACCAUCAUGUUAUGUAAUAAUUGUGUUGUUACUGUUAAUUAAGCUCAUUAGUCUUUGCUCACAAAGUCGCACCUUUUGCUGUACUUUUUUUUGUAAUUACCCCAUUCAUGUCACCAUAGGAGGUUCCCCUGUCAGUUUCUAUGAAACUGGGACCUCCUCCUGUACUAUUCCAACCAUGUAACCAAAUGUGAAAUAUGUAAUAAACUUGACGUGGGACUUGA